AUGUCGCCUACAACUCUCCAGCCCUCUCCCUUUGAUGUACGGACGACUCUGCUGGUGGAUCUCUUCCUCAACCUGGAGGUUGACCAAGAUGAUCUCCUCUGGCUCAAUUGGUGCCUAAUGUUCCUCCAGGUAUGCACAGUGUCUGACAUUGUCACCGCUGAUGGCAGGUUUAUCCGUCGUGCCGCUUGGAAUGGAAUCAGGGAUGAGUGCUGCCGCUCACCAUAUCAAUGGCCACGGACCGUUCGCCCAACCCGCCAACACUGGGACUUGUGGCAGACCACUUUAUCCCAAGCCCUGCUUGCCUCCAAUGGGCCACAUCACCCACUCCGGCAGCAAUUGGGUCACUGGACUGAUCCUCUGGAGGACCGGAAUUGGUUGCUGUCACCCACCACAGGCCUCUUCCACCGCCUUGGGGCAACCUGGAGACAUUUUUCUCCUGAGGGUUCCUCCACCAUGUCACGUCGCUUUGCACCAUCGCCUUCACCUCACUCCAGUCCAUGGUGGACCGCCCCUCUCCCCACCAAUAUUCUUUGUGCCACGGUCCGUUCCAUUACUGGGUCUGACAGCGUGCUUCUCACCGGUACUGGUUGUCCCUCAGAAACGGCCCCUACCACCAGCCCAUCCAUCCUCCAAGCUUGGCAAACGGCUGCAGAGCUUUGCACGGACUACUAUGGGUGGGUUCCAGACGAGAUCGAGAUUCAUGGUGACAAAGCUUCCUUAGUUGCUGCCCUGUUGGAAGGUCACCUUCGCAUGAUCAGCAAUAGAUCCUUCAAGAAUGAGUUAGGGACCGCAGCUGUUCAACUCCUGGUGAAGUAUGCAGGGUCAGAUCGUAUCACCAUCCGGUGUCAGACCCCGGGUUUGCCCCAGGAUCAGAGCCCAUACCACAGUGAACUCAUUGGUCUGAUGGCCGGUAUCAUGGCAAUUGAUUGGCUCCUCCAGCUCCAGCAAUGGGCCCCAAAUCUUUCAACACGCCCCACGGUGCGGAUUGCUUGUGACGGUCUCUCUGCCAUUGAGAUAGCUUUUGAAGAUCGCCCACUUUCUCCCACUCACGCUCAGUUUGACUUGGUGUCAUCCAUUCGGGAAGCUGUCCUUUGGUCCUAG